AACCAGUAAACUUUCAUGAUAGUCUGCAGAAGAAGAAGAAGGAUGACAAGAACAAAUUGCACCAUUACAUGGUUUACAUUGUUACUCUUGUUAUGCUCUGCGCACCAGUUUUGUUUUGCUAGGGACACACUCACAUAUGACACUCCAAUUACAGACGGCAUUCGAUCAGAAACUCUUGUUUCAGCUGGAGGAGAAUUUGAACUGGGAUUUUUUACACCUUCAUCAACACAAAGCUCUGGCCUUGCUAGAAGAUAUGUUGGCAUUUGGUAUCACAAUAUGAGUCCAAGGACAGUUGUUUGGGUUGCUAACAGAGAGAAGCCAGUUGUCAAUUCAACUAGCACUGGAGUUUUUGCGAUCAAAGAAGGUAACCUCCAAGUGUUGGAUAGUUUUACUGAUGAGUCUUAUUGGUCAACAGAGCUUCAAACACCCAAGUCUUCAAAUUUGGUGGUGAGGCUUAUGGAUUCUGGGAAUCUGGUGUUGUUUAAGGAUGGUGAUGAUCAUUUGUGGCAGAGCUUUCAAAACGCAACUGAUACAUUCAUUCCUGGGAUGGUGAUGGAUACAAACUUAGAAUUGACUUCAUGGAGAAACCAAGAUGACCCAGGAAUUGGGAACUUCACCUUCAAGCUAGAUCAAGAAGGAGACAAUCAUUUUGUUAUUUCAAGAAAAUUAAUUCCUUAUUGGAAAAGUGGAAAGCCAGGUGAGUUUUCCACUUCAGCUGAAGUGAUUCCUCCCAUGGCAAGUAUGUUUUUAAAUUUCAGCAAGAGUACUGCCAUACCUAUAGGUCGAGGAUAUAAUUAUAAUACUUUUACAGCUAUGACCACAUUGAAAAUCAAAUAUAAAAGAACGGUGAUGAAUUUUGAUGGAAAGAUACAGUUUCUGACCUGGCUUGAACAAGACACGCGGUGGAGUUUGCUUCGGACGCUGGAGCCAAGAGAUCGAUGCAGUGUGUUUAAUGCUUGUGGGAACUUUGGCAGCUGUAACAGUAAUAAUUGGCCGUUGGUGUGCAAAUGUUUGCCAGGUUUUAAACCCCAGUUUGCAGAGCAAUGGGAAACUGGAGACUUUUCAGGUGGAUGUGAAAGGAAGUCGACAAUAUGUAGCGAGGACACUUUCUUGAGAUUGAAGAUGAUGAAAGUGGGAAAACCAGACACACACAUCGAUGUUGACAAUGAAACAGGAUGCAGGAACGAGUGCUUAAAUAACUGCCAGUGCCAGGCUUUCUCAUAUAGUGCAGGUGUAAACAGCACCAGAAGGGAUUAUACACCUACUUCCUUGUGCUGGAUAUGGUUGAGGGAUCUAAAUAAUCUUGAAGAAGAGUAUGGACAUUGUGGCGAAGACCUCUCUGUUCGAGUUGCCUUAGAAUCAACCGUAAGAGACUGCAAGCCUUGUGGCACAACCGUCAUUCCUUAUCCCCUCAGCACUGGAUCGGAUUGCGGUGACCCCAUGUACUUCCGUUUCAACUGCAACACCAGCACAGGCCUGGUUAGGUUCGUGGGACCGAAUAAAACCUUGUUUAGAGUUAUUAGCAUCAGCCCAAGUACACGAAGAUUUGUCAUCCAAGAAAAAGAUGUGGAUAAUUGUGAUCCUAGGAGCACAUCCAAAAGUCAGCAGCUCAACCUGUCACUGCCAUUUAAGUUGAUCAGUUGGUGCAGUGCCAACCUUACAUCUAGUGAUACUAAUGCAGUAGAGUUGGGUUGGGAGCCGCCGACCGAACCAUCCUGUACAACAUCUGCAGACUGUAGGGAUUGGCCGCAUUCAACUUGCACUCCAGCAAGAGAUGGACAGAAAAAAUGCCUUUGCAAUUCCAAUUUUCAGUUGAAUGGCUUAAAUUGUACUCGAGAGUCAGAAGAACAAUCUAGAAGAAAAAUGUCAUUGUCUCUGAUACUGAUAGUUGUGGCCGUCCUUACAGUUGUGAUUUUUCUGGCGUGCAUUGUUUGUGUUUAUAUAUGGAGAAGAAAGACAACCAAGAGACGAGAUAAAAUAAAUCGAGCACAACUGGAUAGUGAAAGACGAGUUCAAGAGUUGAUGGACACAACUGAGUUCACGGAAGAAGAUGAGAGAGAUAUAGAUGUACCCUUUUUCGAUUUGCAAAGCAUACUGGAUGCUACAGAUAAUUUCUCAAAUGCAAACAAACUUGGACAAGGGGGCUAUGGACCUGUUUACAAGGGCAAGUUUGUUGGAGAUCAAGAAAUCGCGGUAAAGAGGUUAUCAAGGGCUUCAAGACAAGGCUUACAGGAAUUUAAGAAUGAGGUGGUGCUGAUUGCCAAACUUCAACACCGAAACCUUGUUAGGCUUAAAGGAUUUUGCAUCGAAGGAGAAGAAAAAAUUUUACUCUAUGAGUACAUGCCUAACCAAAGUCUAGACUUCUAUAUAUUUGAUCAUACAAAAAGCAUGGUUCUCAAUUGGGAGAUGCGCUUCAACAUCAUUUUGGGAAUCGCUCGAGGACUUCUUUAUCUUCAUCAAGAUUCCCGAUUGAGGAUCAUUCACAGAGAUUUGAAAACCAGCAACAUUCUCUUAGAUGAGGAGAUGAACCCCAAAAUAUCUGACUUCGGCUUGGCAAGGAUUGUUGGAGGCAAAGAAACUGAGUCGAAUACAAACACAGUAGUUGGAACUUAUGGAUACAUGUCUCCGGAGUACGCAUUAGGUGGAACUUUCUCAGUGAAAUCAGAUGUGUAUGGCUUCGGUGUGGUUCUUCUUGAGAUAAUCAGUGGAAAAAAGAACACAGGAUUUUAUCAAUCCCAACAAACUUUCAGCCUCAUAAGUUAUGCAUGGAAACUGUGGACAGAAAACAAGGUUUUGGAACUAAUGGACAAGACUUUGGAUGAAAGUUGCAACAAAAGUCAAUUUAUUCAGUGUGUCAAUGUUGGGCUCUUAUGCGUGCAAGAAGACCCUGUUGACCGUCCCGCCAUGUCAAAUGUUCUUACCAUGCUUGACAGUGAAAUUGCAAUCUCUCCAACUCCUAAACAACCAGCCUUUCUCUUUAGGAGAGGCAACAACUCCAGCAGAGCUGCUUCUUCUACUAAGCCAGAAACAAUUGCCGAAAUAACUACAAGUCUAGAAGAAGGUAGAUAAUUAAAGCAUUGUUGAGGCUGUAAUUAGUCCCUUUGUCCUCCUUAACUAAACUUUUAACUUUUUAUGUCUCAUAGUUUCCUUUAUUCUGAAACUGUAACUUUUUCUUUGUGAUGAGUCUACGCGGCCAAACGUGGUAAUUGUAAAAGCCCUCUCAACUAUAUAAUGUCGGUCACAAAGAUUUGACCUCUUUGCAAUGCUACUUGGUCUCACAAUAUGAGUAGCAUAUAAUGAAA